AUGUCCUCAUUCACCGUUCUUCCGGUCAUGCUGCAGCUAUUCAUGCUGCUCUUCUUAGCCUCUCCCGCCACCCCAUGCACCGAGCAGGAGAAGGACAACCUCCUCCAGUUCCUUGCCGGGCUGUCGCGUGAUGGUGGCCUCACCACGUCCUGGCGUAACAGCGGCACAGACUGCUGCGAAUGGGAAGGCAUCUCCUGCAAUGGAGAUUGGGCCGUCACUGGGGUCUCCCUGGAGUCUAAAGGACUUGAGGGGCCCAUCUCACCGUUCCUCGCCAACCUCACCAGCCUGCUGCGUGUUAACCUCUCGCACAACUCAUUCUCCGGUGGUCUUCCAGCGGAGCUCAUGUUCUCUGGAAGCAUCAUCGUCCUCGAUGUCAGCUUCAGCCGGCUCAACGGACCGCUGCCCAAGCUUCCGUCGUUGGUUACCACCAACCGGCCUCUGCAGGUACUCAACAUCUCAAGCAACCUGUUCAGCUCACAAUUUCCAUCAGCCACAUGGAAGGUGAUGGACAGUCUAAUCGCACUCAACGCCAGCAAUAACAGCUUCACUGGGAACAUACCGUCUUCUCCCUGCCUUGGGUCGCCAUAUUUGGCAUUGCUUGACCUAUGUUACAACCAAUUGAGUGGUGACAUACCAAACACGCUGGGUAAUUGUUCCAAGCUCAAAGUGCUCAAGGCUGGCAACAACAACCUAAGUGGGAUUCUCCCUGUUGAAACCUUCCACGCUACCUUGCUGGAGUACCUCUCCUUCCCCAACAAUGCUUUACAAGGAAAACUUGAUGGAGCACAUAUAGUCAAACUCAAUAAUCUAGCUACUCUUGACCUUGGAGGGAAUCACUUCAGUGGCAAGAUUCCGCUGUUGAUAGGUCUGCUCAAGAGGCUGGAGGAGCUCCAUUUGGGUAGCAAUAACAUGUCUGGGGAGCUGCCAUCAACUCUGGGCAACUGUACAAAUCUCAGAAUCAUUGAUCUAAAGUUCAACAACUUCAUCGGAGAUCUAGGGAAGGUAAACUUCGCCAUCCUACAGAAUCUGAAAAGUUUAGAUCUCAUGAGGAAUAAUCUCAGUGGUAUGGUUCCAGAAAGCAUUUACUCAUGCAGCAAUUUGACAGCACUGCAGCUGUCGGACAACCAUUUCCGUGGUGAAAUCUCAUCAAAAAUAGGCAAUCUGAAGCACCUGUCCUUCCUAUCACUUAGUAGAAACUCCUUCACAAAUAUCACAAAAGCUUUGCAUGCCCUUUAA